AUGUAUAAGGCUAUUGCAGAAGAAAAAAGGGUGCAGGAUAGUUGUGAUUCUAAUAAUUCAGGGGAUUCCAGUGAUAAAGAUGUGGAGUUGGAUGAGGUAAGUUCAAGGGAGAAUAUGAGUGGCAGUGCUGGAAAUAGUGGAGGGCUUAUUACUAUGUGGGAUGCUACUGUUCUGGAGUUGUUGGAUAAGAGAGUGGGUCUCAACUCAAUCUCUUGCCUGUUUAAGUAUAGAAGUAAUGGAUUCAAAUUCAUUCCUACGAAUGCCUAUUCGCCGUGUGACGACAAUUUGAGGGAGGAUUUUUGGAGUGAUCUUGCUGAAAUAAGAAAUUGGAGUUUGGAACCUUGGUGCUUUGUUGGUGAAUUAAACUCUGUACGAAGUGAUGCAGAGAGAAACAAGAGUUGUGGUGAUGCUAGAAAUAUAGGCUAUCUUAAUGAGUUUAUUUUCGAACAGGAGAUGAUAGAUUUUCCUCUUAAUGGUAGUUCUUAUACCUGGAGGAACAAGCAAGACGACCCGUUGUUAUGCAGACUUGACAGUUAUCGUCUAGUGUUAAGGCCAAUUAUAGUUUUAAAAUGGCUCAAACAUCCGGAUUUUGUUAAGUCAGUGGAGCAGUGGUGGAAGGAUUUGGUUUUUGUAGGUAUGCCUGGUUAUAUUCUCUUUUGUGAGCUUCAAAAUUUGAAGUACUUUAUUAAGAAUUGGAGUAAGGAAGUUUUUGGUAAUGUGAAAAAGGAGGAGAAUGACCUGACUGAAAAGAUUAAAUCUUUAAAUCUGUUAGAGGAAAGUGUUGCUUUAUCUUCUAUUCAACUAGAGGAAAGAGCUAAUGUUUUGGUGAAACUAAAUAACGUUAAGGUUAAUAGAGCAAGGAGUGCGUUCCAGAGAGCAAAGGUGAAGGGAUUCAAGGAGGGAGACAAAAAUACAAGGUACUUCAAUAAGAUUGCUAAUGCGAAAAGAAGAAGAAAUUGUAUUACUAAAUUGGAGGUGGCAGGCGUAGAUGUUUUCAAUCAGGAGAUCAUUAAAAGGGAGAUUCAACAAUAUUCUUCUUCUUUAUUUACUGCUUCUUCUUCGGUUAAUCCUUCUUUUGAAAAUAUGGCUUUUAAGAGUAUUGAUGACUCUCAAAAAGUGUGGCUUGAGAGACCUUUUGAUGAAGAGAAGGUGAUGGAGGAUAUCAAGAAGUGUGGCGCCAAUAAGGCACCUGGACCAGAUGGGUAUAACCUUGAGUUAUAUAAAGCUUGUUGGGGAUUUACGAAGCAUGAUGUCAUGGCAGUAGUCAAUGCAUUUCACAACAAAGGUUAG